CUGAAAUGACAGCCGGAAGUUACGGCUGUUGGGGCUGUCCAACCUAGUUUGUGAUUGCUACCUUUAGCUUUUAGGAACUGUGGCUUUUGCUAGUUGUUUUUAAUGACCUAAACAGGUCUGUAAUCGCACAUUCCUCCUUGGAGACAGCCCUUUGACGGGAACUAACUUCAGGAUGAUUCCUACUGAGGACGCGUCCGCCAGGAAGCGGGAGAUUGAGGAGAAACUGAAGCAGGAGCAGGAGACGCUGUCAUUCAUCCGAGAGAACCUGGAGAAGAGCGAUCAGCUGACCAAAGGCAUGGUUUCCAUCCUGUCAUCGUUUGAGAGCCGCCUAAUGCAGCUGGAGAACUCCAUCAUCCCGGUCCACAAGCAGACAGAGAACCUGCAGCGACUGCAGGACAAUGUGGACAAAACUCUUUCCUGCAUGGAUCACGUCAUUAGUUAUUACCACGUGGCCAAAGACACUGACAGGAUCAUUCGAGAGGGACCUGCAGGCAGACUGGACGAGUAUCUCGCUUGUAUCGCAAAGAUCCAGAAAGCUGUGGAAUACUUUCAGGACAACCACCCUGACAGCCCUGAGCUCAACACAGUGAAAGCUCGUUUUGAGAAGGGUAAAGAGCUGCUGGAGGCCGAAUUUCGGAGCCUUCUGAACCGCUACAGUAAACCCGUCCCCCCAAUUCUCAUCCUGGACGUUAUCAGUGUUGAUGAAGACAUGGAGCUGCAGGAGGAGGUGUUGCUAGAGCACCUGCCUGAGGCUGUCCUCCAGGACAUCAUCUGCAUCGCCAGCUGGCUGGUGGAAUAUGGACGCAACCAGGAUUUCAUGAACGUCUACUACCAGAUCAGGUCCAGUCAGCUGGAUCGCUCCAUCAAAGGCCUGAAGGACCACUUCCGUAAGAACAGUGCCUCCUCUGGGAUCCUCUACUCUCCUGCUGUCCAAACCAAACGGAAGGACACGCCCACCAAAAAGAUUCCAAAGAGACCAGUCUACAUCCCAGGGACCAUUCGCAAGGCUCAGAACCUUCUGAAACAGUACUCACAGCAUGGGCUGGAUGGGAAAAAGGGGGGCUCUAACCUCACUCCUUUGGAAGCAGGUUACGAUCACGACCUGCGGGUCAAACACCACACAGAGGCCCUGAACGAGAAGCACGGGGCCGCUGCAGGGAAGGACGAUGUGCUGGACAUCGAGAUCGACUCGUACAUCCACUGUAUCAGUGCAUUUGUGAAGCUGGCUCAGAGUGAGUACGCCCUCCUGACGGAAAUCAUCCCAGAGCAUCAUCAGAAGAAGACCUUUGACUCCCUGAUUCAGGAAGCGUUGAACAACCUGAUGCUGGAAGGAGACAACAUUGUGCUGGCAGCCCGCCGGGCAAUCGAGAGGCGUGACUACUUUGCCAUCCUCACCAUCUUCCCGGUCCUGAGGCACCUGAAGAUGAACAAGUCUGAGUUCGACUCCACGCUGCAGGGAACAGCAGCGAGCACCAAGAACAAGCUGCCGACGCUCAUCACCUCCAUGGAGACGAUCGGAGCCAAAGCUCUAGAGGAGUUUGCAGACAGCAUCAAGAAUGAUCCGGAUAAAGAGUACAACAUGCCCAAAGAUGGAACCGUCCAUGAGCUGACGAGCAACACAAUCCUGUUUCUACAGCAGCUUCUGGACUUUCACGAGACAGCUGGAGCUAUGUUGGCCUCACAAGUUCUGGGGGACACUUACAAUAUCCCUCUAGACCCCCGAGAGACGAGUUCUGCGAGUAGCUACACCUCUGACUUCAACAAACGCCUCCUCAGCUCCUACAUCUGUAAAGUUUUAGGAAACCUGCAGCUGAACCUGCUCAGUAAAUCCAAGGUUUAUGAGGAUUCAGCUCUGAGCGCCAUUUUCCUGCACAACAACUACAACUACAUCCUGAAGUCGCUGGAGAAGUCUGAGCUGAUCCAGCUGGUCACAGUGACUCAGAAGAGAGCCGAGAAUUCAUACAGAGAGCUGAUUGAGCAGCAGAUUGAUAUGUAUCAGCGCAGCUGGCUGAAAGUGACAGAGAACCUGACGGAUCGGAACAUGCCCGUUCUUCAGCCUGGUGCCAAGCUGAAGGACAAAGAGCGACAGGUGAUAAAAGACAAAUUCAAGGGUUUUAACGAUGGUUUGGAGGAGCUGUGUAAGACCCAGAAAGGCUGGGCCAUCCCAGACAAAGACCAGCGACACUUCAUCCGACAGGCUCAGAAGAAAGUGGUUUCUGAUUCUUACCGAGCUUUCCUCCAGAGAUGCACCAACAUUUCCUUCACCAAGAACCCUGAAAAGUAUCACAAGUAUCGUCCAGAGGAGGUGGAGGAGAUGAUCGAGAAGCUGUUCGACACGUCUGCCUGAUUCUUUCUGACUCCUGCUUCUGUUUUCUGUAACAACACAAACUCUUAUUUAUGUAACUUUACAUUUCAGUUAAUAAACACUAAAUCAUUCUGA